GGAAGAGGGGGGCCAUUCCACUUUCGCUCCACCGCCUAUAUCUACCAGCUUGUGUUCCUCCUCCGCCAAUUAAUAUUAAAAAAACAAUCUUUCUUCUUUAAAAAUCAAAUUAAAAUAAACCCAUCCAAUAUGGGCACCGGCGAAAAUCUCGAAUGGGAGCAGCGCCGCCGCGUGGAGGUGGAGACCCCGCCGGCGAAACCCUUCUACGAAGUCGUGAAAUCCACCGUCAAAGAGACGCUGUUCCCCGACGACCCGUUCCGGAGGCUGAAGAGGCAGCCGCUCCGCAGAAAGCUGGUCAUGGGGUUGCAGUAUUUCGUGCCCAUACUGGAGUGGGCCCCGCGCUACAGUUUCCGGUCGUUCCGGUCGGACUUCGUCGCCGGAAUCACCAUUGCCAGCCUCGCCGUCCCCCAGGGGAUCAGCUACGCCGGCUUGGCCAAUCUCCCUCCUGUCAUCGGAUUAUACUCGAGUUUUGUGCCACCGCUUGUAUAUGCGGUGUUAGGAAGUUCUCGGGACAUGGCGAUAGGGACGGUGGCGGUGCCGUCGCUGCUAUUGGCGGCCAUGUUGGGGAAGGAAGUCAACCCCAAGCUCAACCCCAAUCUCUACCUUCACCUGGUUCUCACCGCCACCUUCUUUGCCGGCCUCUUCCAAGCUUCUUUAGGCAUCUUCAGGUAUAUAUGCAUGUUUUUGAGUUUUUUAAUUUGUUUGUGUGUGGGAUUUUGCUAGAUUUGUUUUUAUGUUGUUGUGUACAGAAAAUUCUUGGGUGUGCAUGUUUUUGAUAUACUCCAUCCCUCCAUAAAACCCUUCCUAUUUGAAAAAGACACGCCUUAAAAUGAGUAAUUUUGGUGUUAUUUUCUAAUUAUGACCCGUCUAUGUUACACAUCGCAUCCUACUCUUCCUAUUUGAAAAAGAUACUCCAUAAAACCCUUCCUAUUUGAAAAAGAUACUCCAUAAAACCCUUCCUAUUUGAAAAAGACACGCUAAAAUUAAAAAAUAACACUAAAAUUA